ACUCUCCUCACUAACAGCAGACACUUGAUCAGCUGUGAUUAAACAUGGAGCUGGACAGCCUGAGGAGUCUGAGAGAGAAAGUCACACUCCGGCAUGCCAUCAUCAGAGAGUUUCUAGCUGAAUUCCUCGGGACAUUUGUGCUUAUACUUUUUGGCUGUGGCUCGGUGGCACAGGCUGUGCUCAGCAGAGGAGCUCUGGGUGAACCGCUCACCAUCCACAUUGGCUUCACCACGGGAGUGAUGCUGGCUGUCUAUGUGUCAGGAGGUGUAUCAGGAGGUCAUGUAAAUCCAGCUGUAUCUCUAGCCAUGGCAGUCUUAGGGAAGUUUCCCAUUAAAAAAUUCCCAGUGUACGUGGCUGCCCAGUUCAUUGGUGCUUUUGCAGGUUCUUGUACUGUCUUUGGACUGUACUAUGAUGCCUUCAUGGACUACUCCAGUGGAGAGCUGCUGGUCACAGGUGAAAAUGCAACCGCACACAUCUUCGCCACCUAUCCAGCAAAGCAUCUCUCAGGCCUCAAUGGGUUUUUUGAUCAGGUGAUUGCCACUGCCACUUUGGUGCUGUGUGUCUUGGCCAUUGUGGACAAGAAAAACAUAGGAGCCCCUAAAGGAAUGGAGCCACUGCUCAUUGGUUUCACCAUCCUGGCCAUCGCUGUGUCCAUGGGAUUGAACUGCGGCUAUCCCAUCAACCCUGCCCGAGACCUGGGGCCCCGGCUCUUUACCGCUGUGGCAGGCUGGGGGGUGGAGGUGUUCAGAGCCGGGGGCUGCUGGUGGUGGAUCCCAGUUGCUGGUCCGAUGGUGGGGGGUGUAUUGGGAGCGAUGAUCUACUACCUGCUGAUCGAGCUACACCACGUGGAGCCAGAGAAAAAGCAUGAGGAGAAGAACAAUGUUAAGGACAAGUAUGAAAUGAUCACCACGAGCUAGACAGAAGACAAAUGGGACUCUCUUCUUCACAUCAACCAGGCUAUAGUGUAGAACCACAUUUUCUUCAGUUUUUCUCACUUUUUAUCAGAAUGCAAGCAUCCCAGUUGGUGCUAGUGUUAUAUUAUAAAUCCCACAAUUAAACUAGUGGGAAAUUAUCAUAGUAGCAUAGUAUCAGAUAAACAUAAGCUCCUUAUGAAUAAUUUACAGCAAAACAAUGCUAAAACCCUGGUAAGGAUUGACUUAUAUAUAUAUAUAUAAAUUAUCUAGAUAUUAUUCAGAGAUUAAUGCUUCCUCCACAUACUUGUUCUUGUUUGCCACCUCAUAAUUAUUGAAUCUUUGAGUUAAGUGCACCAAUAUUGUUAUGUAUUGUGAUCUAUUUUGGUAUUUUCCUAACAUUUUACUCCACUGUAAAUUUUCCACAGUAUAACCAAUGGUUAGAUAUGUAAUCUAGUAUCUAUGACCUAAUUUGUGAUUACUGAAAAUUAGUUGGUUUCAGAGAAAAAGGAUUAUGUACCAUCAACCACUGAAAUCAUUCUUUCCUCCAUCUUCAUAAAAUGUUAAGGGUCAGUAAUAACUUGCUUGGAAACUUGUAUUUAUCAUAAUUCCAAUAGCACCUGAAGGAAGCAUAUGAUAAGGACUGGGGCACACACAUUACAGCGCUGAACUACACCAGCACGUUAUAACUGGACAAGGGUCUAAAGUGUAAAAUAAUAGUAAAUAAAAAUGCCUGCUACAUAAAUAAUAUCUAAAGAUUUUUUUCCCUCUAAGCAGCUGCAAUAAAGAGGAGUGAGUUUUGUACUCCACAGUGAAAUGUGGUAAAGUUCAAGGGUUUUUGAUCAUUUCUUUAACCUUGUGUUUCUGUCUUAAAUGAAACAGAAGUGAGAUUGAAAUGAGAAAUGAAAUUCUUUGCAGGCCUGCAGUAAAUGAGCAGCUAUUGAUCUCUGAGAAGGCAUCAAACACUUUUCAAAAGCAGCUUCAGUUAACCACUCAUCUGUUAUGCAAAUUCUAUUAGAGGAACUUGGCUCUCAAUUUCCCACAACCAAAAACACGGAAAACCUUUGACUUCAAAGAGAAUUGUCAAACCAUUACUGUGAGGCCAUGUAAUUUUUUAAACUAUUGUUGAGCUUAACAGUGUCCAAUUUAUGUGUGGGCCAUGUCCUCACAGCUACUCAUAUAUGAACAAGAAUUCACCAGUGCCUGUGUUCUCAUUGAAACAAUCUCUCUCUGGAUUCAUAGGCCUGAUUCACCUGAAAUUAAAUUAGAUUUCAAUUCAAAUAGUAACUUGGGUACAUUUGGCUGAACUUUGCUGUCCUAAUGGCAUUUCAAAGCUUGUAACUAGAAAACUAAACAAACACCUUUUAGCGUGAAAAAAUUAUUUGUGUAUUUUUUACUAUGACAUGUCAAAAGAACUCUAUAUGACCUUAUGGGAUGCAUCUCAACAGUGGUUGGCAAGUCUUUACAUAUUGUUCUUGUGCAUAUAUUCACUUUCCUAUUUUUUUUUUUAGCCACAUGUAGUUUAAUGAUAUUGCAAUGAUAUCUUCUGAAAUCUCUUCUGAAAGCUCUGAAAUAAAUGACCAUUUCUGGCUGAACAAAAAUCUGACUCAUGGAAUCGGUAAUGGGUGUUUACGCAGCAUACAGUGGUGCUUGAAAGUUUGUGAACCCUUUAGAAUUUUCUCACAUGAACUGCUUGCUUCAGAUCCUUCCACAACAUUUAUAUUGGAUUAAGGACAUUGACAUUGACUUGGCCAUUCCAAAACAUUAACUUUAUUCUUCUCUUUGGUAGAAUGGUUAAAGAAGAGAUGUGUGCUUAGGGUUGUUGUCUUGCUGCAUGACCCUUUCUCUUGAGAUUCAGUUCAUGGACAGAUGUCCUGACAUUUUCCUUUAGAGUUUGCAAUUCAUUGUUCCAUCAAUGAUGGCAAGCCAUCCUGGCCCAGAUGCAGCAAGAGACCCAAACCAUGUUACUACCACCACCAUAUUUCACAGAUGGGAUAAGGUUCUUAUGCUAGAAUGCAGUGUUUUCCUUUAUCCAAAUAUAACACUUCUCAUUUAAACCAAAAAGUUCUAUUUUGGUCUCAUCUGUUCACAAAACAUUUUUCCAAUAGACUUCUGGUUGUCCAUGUGAUCUUUAGCAAACUGCAGACAGGCAGCAAUGUUCUUUUUGGUGGGAAGAGGCUUUCUCCUUGCAACCCUGCCAUGCACACCAUUAUUGUUCAGUGUUCUCCUGAUGAUGGACUCAUGAACAUUAACAUUAGCCAAUGUGAGAGAGGCCAUUAGAUGUUUAGAAGUUACCAUGGUUUCCUUGGUGACCUUGCAGACUACUACACGUCUUGCUUUUGGAUUGAUCUUUGUUGGUCAGCCACUUCUGGGGAGGGUAACAAUGGUCUUGAAUUUCCUCAAUUUGUACACAAUCUGUCUGACAGUGGAUUGGUGAAGUCCAAACUCUUUAGGGAUGGUUUUGUAACCUUCUCCAGCCUAAUGAGCAUCAAAAACUCUUUUUUCUGAGGUCCUCAGAAAUCUCCUUUGUUCGUGCCAUGAUACACUUCCACAAACGUUUUGUGAAGAUCAGACUUUGACAGAUCCCUGCUCUUUAAAUAAAACAGGGUGCUCACUCACACCUAUUGAUUGAAAACACCUGACUCUAAUUUCACCUUCAAAUUAAGUGCUAAUCCUAGAGGUUUGCAUUUUUGCCACUCACAGAUAUGUAAUAUUGGAUCAUUUUCCUAAAUAAAUAAAUGACCAAGUAUAAUAUUUUUGUCUCAUUUGUUUAAUUGGGUUCUCUUUGUCUACUUUUAAGACUUGAAAAUAUGAUUAUGUUUUAGGUCAUAUUUAUGCAGAUAUAUAUAGAAAAUUCUAAAGGGGUCACAAAGUUCAAGCACCACUGAAUGUUACGAAUAUUUACAAAGAUGUCCCUUGUAGUAGAUGAAAACACAUUGGACCAGAUUGAACCCAUGCACCUGAUUCAGAGACAUUGUUUACUCACUCAUCUGGGUCACAGUGAUCCUAUGUUUGUAAGUUCGUUACAUGUCUGUUCCCAGAAUUAAAACUGCUGUUAAAACUGCUGUCUCCCAAAGCAUACUGUACUGUAAGACUCACUGUUUUAAUACACUACUUUGCAUUUCCAAACUCCAAGGCUUAUUAACUAAUGCAUAUAAAAACAAUGCAAAACGAUGAAGCUAGUCACAGUUCUAUAAAGUUUAGGAAGUUAAUUGGGGCACCUAAUAUGCACAAACUGCGCUGUUUUAAUCCUGUUCCUAAUUACUAUGCUUCGAAUGCAAAACACCAGCUAUUCACAUUUAAAAACAAGGCUUACAGUUGAAGAAACUACUGUGGGCAUAUUGUGGAGGAGCCAGAAGUGCACAAAAGCACAGUGUGUUUGGAAAGGCAAAUGUUCUUAAGGCUCUGUUUGCUCUUCUGGUUUGUCCCGAUAAGAUUCUACUAUUUAUAUUCCAACAUAAAGUUGCUAUUUCUGCAACUUUAGAAAAAGGAAUGUAUCUAAAAAAUGUAUACACAUGCUUACAUUUAAAAUGAAAAGCUACAUCCAGUAAGUUACAUAUUGUCAGUGAUGGGAUUUAUGGAUGUUUGCAUCAGCAUCUGGACAGCAGAAAUACAGGAAAUACAGAAAUACAGCAUGUUUGUCCAGUAAGCACAGCAUCAUCAAUAUAUAACUCCAUUACUGGUAAUGCAGUUCUCAUGGCUUUAAUUUAAUAAAUAAUAUAAUAGUAUGCCGCUUGCAUGAUCACUUGAAUAUUCGGAUAAAUGCUGAUGAUUGUGUUGUUCAAAUGCACAGGUCUGUGCAAAUGACUUGCAAAAGACACCCUAGAUUCAGUGUUACAGAGAAAUUUUUGUACUAUGUUAAAAUAAAAUGGACUAUAAUCAGUAGUAGAACACAGUUCUGAUAAAAACAUCUAAGAUGUCUGCUUCAGUCUUUGUAUCAAAAACUACAGCAACAGAAGCACUGUAGCAAGUCCUCCAAGAAGUCUGGAACAACCACCAAUCCAAAACUGCAUAAUUGUGUGCACAAGAAAAUGUAUGCAGAUUUAAGUGCAAGGACACAUUAUGAUUGGAUGCAAUUGUUAUUGGUUUUCUGUUUACUGCUGAAUAUAGUAAUUAUUCUGCAGUGUCAUUUCAUUAUAUAUGUAGGUAUCUUCAGACAUGCCUUAGAUUUUUGCACAUUUCUUUAUACUUUUAAAGCUCUCACAAGAGAGCUUAUUGCUUGUUUGAAGCUGAGUAUAGAGUCUCUGUAAGCAUUGUAAUAUAUAAUUGAGUAAGAGUACACAUGUUCUCUAUCUGUAUGAAUGAAGCCAGUGCAGUUGGGAUUAUUGAUCUCAGUGGCGUUAUAUAAGUUCAGACCUGAUUAUAAAACAGCAGUUCAAUAACAGUGCAGGCCUUAUGAGUUCUGCUGUCACCUACAAAGUGCUUGGCUAUUUUACACAGUGGUAAAUCAUUGCCUUUAGUGCAGAGAACUCAAUUCAGUAGGGAACGAAAAUAAAAAAUAUCUGACUGGAAAUGUGCAUUGAGUUCUCUCA